CCCUCUGCUCCUCAUUUCAUCUCAACUUGGAACUAUCAGCGCAUUCAUUUUUUAAUGACACUCGUUGCACACGCUCGCCGUCUCUCCCCCCGUCUCCCUCUGCUCCCUGCUCCCCUCUUCGCCACCUGUUAGUACCCCCCCCCCUCUCUGUCUCCUCCUCGCUCCGGAAUUCCCUUCUUUCUUUUUUUUUGUUAUUUUUUUUUAAAUUAUUUUUCUUAUGAGGAGUUUCUCGCUCGUUCUUUCUCUGAGGUCUAACGAGUAGCCAGAGUGUGCGGCAGUGUGCCAUGCCAUCUCCCCUGUCAUUCCUGGAGCUUAUUAUUUAGAAUGGAGCGACCAUUGUACGCGGGACACAAGUGGGCUGACAGAGGGAGAUAUCUUCUCGCAGCCACAGCCCUAUGACUGUGCGGAAAGGAAACCGUUUGGGCAUCUCCAUCCAGGAGCACAUGGCCAUCAACGUCUGCCCAGGCCCCAUCCGCCCCAUCCGCCAAAUCUCGGCCUACUUCCCUCGCCUCUCGCCCACGUCCUCCUUCUCGGAGCCGCUGUCGCCCAACCAGCUGACGGCGCCGGCUCCGUUAAGCCCCGGCAGCGCAGGUCAAGGUGGAGGAGCAGUCGGAGGAGGUGGAGAAGGAGGCGGCGGCGGCGGCGGUGCGAGCAGAUGCCUUUUGUUACCAGGAGCUGCAGGAGGAGGGGGGUCGCUGUCGGCCAUGAGCAGCAUGGACACCUCCAUCGAGAUCGACAGCUGCGACAGCGACGAUAACACUUCCCUGGGGACGUUAGAGUUUGACCUUCUGUACGAGAAAGCCACCAGCUCCUUACACUGCACAGUCCUCAGAGCAAAGGGUUUGAAGCCGAUGGAUUUCAACGGUUUGGCCGAUCCGUACGUCAAGCUGCAUCUGCUGCCAGGAGCGUGCAAGGCUAAUAAAUUGAAAACAAAGGUAGUUCGAAACACACUGAACCCUGUGUGGAACGAGACGCUCUCCUACUGCGGCAUCACCGAGGAGGACAUGUACCGCAAAACUCUCAGGGUGUCUGUGUGCGACGAAGACAAACUGACACAUAAUGAGUUCAUCGGAGAGUCGAGGGUGGCCCUGCGCCGCGUGAAGCCUGACCAGACCAAACACUUUAACAUCUGUCUGGAGCAUCCACCUCCUCUGGCUUCGCCAACGGCAAUGAGCACAGCCCUGAGAGGAAUCUCCUGCUACCUGAGAGAGUGGGAGACCGAGCAGCAGAGAAGUCUGGAGGAGAGAGGCCGUUUGCUGCUCUGCCUCCAGUACCUCCCCCCAAACGGAGACAGCGAGUUGAAGGGCGAGGCCAAGGAGAGAGCUCGGGGUGGGCUCUGCGUGGGCGUCAAACGCUGCGCCCACUUGGCAGCCAUGGACGUCAACGGCUUCUCUGACCCCUACGUUAAAACGUACCUGAAGCCAGAUGUUCAGAAGAAAUCCAAGCACAAAACGGCAGUCAUAAAAAAGACUCUCAACCCAGAGUUUAACGAGGAGUUCUUCUAUGAAAUCUCCUUCACAGAGUUAGCCUCUAAGACACUAGAGGUUACAGUGUGGGACUAUGACCUGGGAAAGUCCAAUGACUUCAUUGGCGGCGUAUCCUUCGGGUGCCACUCGCAGGGAGACGCUCUGCAGCACUGGAUCGACUGUCUGAAGAACAAGGGCACGAAGGUGGAGCGCUGGCACACCCUGACCAACGAGCUGCCCGGCUCCACCCUGCAGGAGUGAACCGGGCCUCCUCCUCGGUGCUGAUGCUGGAGGAAAGCGCUCGAAGUCUGGGACUGGGGGGGGGGGGACGUCUCAUCGCAUGCUCCGGAGACUUUCUGCAUGACCGUGAUGGAUUCAUAUCCCUGCUUACUUUGUGUCCGAACGGAACGCGGCGCUCCCAUCAGCACCCUACACUGCAAAAAGGGAACUAAAAAUAAGUAAAACAUUUCUUGAAAUUAGUGUAU